AGGAGGAAGGAAAAAAAAGGAGGAGGAGGAAGAGGCGGCGACCAGAUGAAGUGCCAGUAGGCUGGGCUUCGGGUACGUGAUCCCGGGGCUCCCUGGUUAUAAACCUUUUACCAUCUGCUGCUGCGGCUGCAGCUGCAGGGGAAACUUUGGAGAAGACAGUGGGGCUGGGGGAGGCUCCUCUGCUUCCCCUUCUUCUUUCUUCCUCCUCUUCUUCCUCCUCCUCCAUCACCUUGGCAGCAGACGGACGCCCAGGCAGCCCCCGACCCUCCUCCAGGAAGGUUGUCUGUGCCCCUGGGGGUGACCGAUGCCCAGAUUAGACCGACACUUCUGGAAUUGUUCUUGCACCACCAGAGAGAGACAUAAGAGCCACUUGGGAUCCAGCGCCGCCGGGCUGGCUGCAAAAGUGGGGAAAAUGCUGAAUUCCUCCGUUACCAGUUCCUCGCUGGUUCUGGUGGGUCACGGUGCUCUGAACACAGACGUGUCAAAUAGGACCACCGGUAAUAACAGCCGCAGAAUCGCAACCAACAGUUGGCACCAUCACUUGGUGCAGCGGAGUGUUGUGCUUUUUGCUGUAGGGGUUUUCCUAGCCCUGGUCCUCAAUCUGCUGCAGAUCCAGAGGAAUGUCACUCUGUUCCCCGAAGAAGUCAUUGCCACCAUCUUUUCCUCCGCCUGGUGGGUUCCUCCUUGCUGCGGGACGGCGGCAGCUGUCGUAGGCCUGCUCUAUCCUUGCAUUGACAGUCACCUUGGAGAACCUCACAAAUUCAAACGCGAGUGGGCCAGCGUGAUGCGUUGUAUCGCCGUUUUUGUUGGUAUUAACCACGCAAGUGCUAAACUGGACUUCGCUAAUAACGUUCAGCUCUCUUUGACUCUAGCAGCCCUGUCUUUGGGCCUCUGGUGGACAUUUGAUCGCUCAAGAAGUGGCCUUGGCCUUGGAAUUACAAUAGCAUUUCUAGCCACUCUCAUCACUCAGUUUCUCGUAUAUAAUGGUGUUUAUCAGUACACCUCCCCAGACUUCCUCUAUAUCCGUUCUUGGUUACCUUGUAUAUUUUUCUCGGGAGGUGUGACUGUAGGAAACAUAGGACGACAACUGGCUAUGGGUGUUCCCGAAAAACCACAUAGCGACUGAAACUUGACCCACCAGUGCCAGAGUGGAAGCAAAGUUUUGAAGUAAACCUUCACUGGAUACUGGAUUGUGAUCAGAUUGUUUUUUCUAAAUCACUGAUUUAGGCUGGGCUGACUGCAGACAGUGACUUGUGGAAAAAAACCAUUAAUCUAUUAUAGAAUAGCCAAGUGGAAAAAUAACCGCUUAUCGAAAAAUCCUACCUUGAUGUACUGCAUAUACACUGGUAGGAUUUUAUGGCCGGUGGGGUGGCGAGAGGCACCGAAGCAGGUGGCAAUUCACCACGUGUUAAGAUUUUAUUUUAAGUUAUUGAAACAGCUGCCAUAUUUCAAGGCCUUGAACUAAAAGGAAUUACGAACUUUUGCUUUUGUAUCAGUGCCCAAAGGAAGGAGAUCGGUGGUGCUUAACAAAGGUGAGGCAUGGUGUAAUAGGAAUAAUAUUUAUCCAAAAGAUUAAAAAUAGGGUUGUGUAAAAAAAAAUAAGGGUGAUCCAGAAAGGGUCAGGGCAGUGCUGUCAUGCUUCAAGACUGAAAAACCAAUGGAGAAACAGGUGGUUGACCACACAGUCUGGAUCACAGGUGGAGUUCCGUGCAGACAAUCGUACUGGAAGCAAGUAGCAGUGAAAUGUACCAGUUCCUCAGAGUGGCAUGUUAUUAAAUUUUUUCACUUCAGUUCAUUAAAGUCUCCCUAAAGACUGCAGGCCCCAAGACCCCCAACCCAACAUAGAGAAACUUUGUCUGUGCCAUUUGCUUCAUUCGAAAUGAGCCGAAGCUAUCUCCAUUUUUCUCUUUCUCCCCACAGAAUAGAGAUUGUUACUUUGUUUUUCACAGCCCUAUAGAAUUUGCAAUCUGUGAUUGCCUUGUAAAAAGAAGAGUGCAUAUGUCACUACGUUAAACAUUUGGUGUUUCUAAAUAUUCGAUUAUAUCGGUGAGCACAAUGCAUUCGUCUAAUGGCGUAAGCCUCCCAAGACCUAAUUUGCAAGUAUUGGGUCGGAAAUUUAAAGUGCAAUGUAUACAAAAACCAAUCUGAGCCUUGUAUUCUCUUCAAUAUUUAUUCGUUGUUUCACGUAUGAGAUAUUAAAGCGAAGGGUUCUGCAUUCAUUUCAGUGCUGCGUGGAGGCAAAAAUUCAGCAAUAACUUCUUUCACUGGUAAAGUUAGUUUAUUGUUGUACCUUCCAUUUGAACCCAAAUCCUUUGAAAUACUCCAGUUUUGUGGUUAUGGUGUAGUUUGGACCUUUUUUGAAUUUCCUUUUUUUUUUUGUAUAUGCAAUUUUAAAAUGCAGUGUUUUUGUUUGUUUCUUUAGAGUUUUGUUAAAGUGGUUUCAGAUUGGGUUAAGUUGACUCUCCUUCUAAAUAAAUGUAACCAGGCAGCAAAACAGAAGUUUGGGCUAAGAAGCCAUGAGACUGUUUGCAUAUGUGUUUGUUUUUUUGCUUAUUCCCUUUUUAUAUUUUGAGGAAAAUAUCACAUGCUCUUGGUUCAAACUCUAGGAUGUUGUAGCUGUUUUAUUUAUUUAGUGGGAAAGUUGUAAAAGUAGGGUUUAUCCUUAACUUGGAAAGGAUAUUCCUAAAUAUUCUAAAAUUGUACAAUUUAAUAAUAGUGGUGGAGCGGUCAACAUUUCUUAAACCAGAAGUAAUUACAGUGAUGCAGACAGCAGUGAGAUCUGUAAAUAUAUACUUGAUCACGCAUAAGCAGUAAGUAUUUUUUCUCUCAAACUGGAAGUAAAUCUGCUCCUCUUAGAAAUAUUGCAGCCAAAAAUGUAAAUCAGAAGUUCAGAUUUUGCCAAUAUUUGUAGCAAAUACAUGAACCAAAGUGAUCCGAGUUUAUAAAAUGUCUGAACAAAAUUUGCACUAUUCUGGAUUUGAACAUUUAGUGAGAUUCAUAUUCAUACGGAUAAGUUUUCAUCAGUGUGUUCAGUUUUUGCAUUUUUUUACUAUUAUUAAAGGUUCAAGACCAA